AUGAGCGGGACAGCUGUGGACGACGAACGCCGUGUACUUGCUCGGGAGGUGCUUGCUGAUGUGGUGCGGACACGGGUCGCUGCAGCUGCCUAUGCUUCCGGUGGUGACUCGAGCGUCGCUUCGGCUCCAGCGCUCUCGGUCGAAGAGGCUGGCGAGUUGCUGGCAAACGUCUCGCCGCUUGCGCUCACUGCUCGCAAGCAGUUUAUCGAGUUUGUGCUCGGCCUCACAGCCGACUCGGAAGCCCAAGCGGUGGCCUCACUGCGGGGGCACAUCGGCGAGGCUCUGUCAAAGAUCGCCGCGCUGAUUCCCACCACCGACGCACAUGCCUGUCGAGAGGUGGCUCUCGGCGUGGCUGCCCGCGUGGAUGCUGUGCUCAGCGCGGCGGUGGCGGUCCUCACCGCCCUGGCCAACGAUCCAGACUCGGUGCCGGCAACCAAGGUCGGCAUGCUGACAAGUGCCUGCGAGGCGCUGGCUACCACACCCGUUGACUCGGGUAAGGCGGUGAUUGGUCGGAUCCGCGGCUGGGCCGCUGUCCUCACCGACGCCAUCAACGAGCUCAACGAGGACGCCGGCGUCGGACCCGACGGCGCCGGGUCGAGCGCGGCCAGUGACGAUCCGCAUGCUGCGGCGCUCUUAGCGCUGGCGGCCACGGCCGCGUCGGCGCACCAGCUUCUGAUGGCGUCGGCGUCGGCGGUCAAGUACCUCGCCUCACGCGAUGCCGAGUCGCUCGACACCCUCCGCCCGACCGAGUGGGACGCCGUCAUCAACGGCCGCGGCUGGCAGGUCGUGUGGAUGGACGACUUGCUAGACCUGAGCAAGGCGCUGUACGCUGCUGUCGAUGACGCUGCUGCCGCUGCCGCCAUGGACGAGCCGCUCGACGACUGCGCGCCGGCCAUCGGCUCCGCCGCCGCCGCUGCCCUCAACCAUCUCCGCCUCCUCAACCUCGACUCGCUGCCCAAGUUUGUCGCUUCACUCGACACCAUCGCCGCCGCUCUCACAUAA